ACAGUUACCUGUUACUUACCUGCAUGCUUAUCUACCAGUUGUGUAGCGUUUUGUAGCCAUGUACUGAUAGCAGAGGUAGUGGCCGGGACGUAGAUAACACGUCUACGAGUCCCCAAAGUGAGUUACACUUUGAUGAUUUUUAUCGAAGUAGAACUGCUUAUUAGUUAAACUGAAGAAAUUCUUCAUUUUAAGUAUUAUUUUUAAUUCCUGGCUGGAGUAUAGUUUACGAUUCUGUUUUUUUAUUCCAAUAUGGCAAGUCCCAGAACUAGACGAAUUCUUCAAGAAUUGAAGCCUCAUGAUGAAAAUGAUAAAUGUUUUGAAUGUGGAGCACACAAUCCUCAAUGGGUAUCUGUAACAUAUGGUAUUUGGAUCUGUUUGGAAUGCUCUGGGAAACACAGAGGUCUGGGAGUACAUUUAUCUUUUGUUAGAUCUGUGACAAUGGAUAAGUGGAAAGAUGUUGAGUUGGAGAAGAUGAAAGUAGGUGGUAACCGUAAUGCUAGAGUAUUUUUUGAGUCACAAUCAGAUUAUGAUGAUAGCAUGAGUAUUCAACAGAAAUAUAACACGAAAGCUGCUGCAUUGUAUAGAGACAAGAUUUCAACUUUAGCACAAGGUAAACCUUGGGAUGAAAAGAAAUCAUCAGCUCAAAAUCAUAGCAUAAAUUUAAGUAAUUGUAAUGAUUAUAACAGUGGUUAUAACAGCAAUUAUUAUAGUUCUUCAAAUUCAUACCAGUCUUGCAAUGAUUCUUAUCAAGGUAACAGUUACCAAAACUACAAUUCUAUGGAAUUUAAAGAUCAAAAAGAAGCUUUCUUUAAUCGUUUGCAAAAUGAAAAUGCCUCUAGAAGAGAUGAUUUGCCACCAAGUCAAGGAGGGAAGUACACCGGUUUUGGUUAUACAAAAGAAACCCCUCCAAGAAGCCAGUCCCAGGAAUUUGUAGAUACUGCACUAUCAUCAUUAGCAAAUGGCUGGUCUUUGUUUUCUUCUGCUGCGUCAAAAGUCGCUAGCAAGGCUUCAGAAAACGCUAUAAAAUAUGGAGGAUUAGCAACACAGAAGGUAGCUGAUAUAAGUGUACAAGUUGGUGAAAAGGUAAAAGGCGGUACAAUAUUAGAAGACGUGGGGUCUCAAGUGACAACUAUUGCAAAUAAGAUGGGAGAACUUGGUAGAAAAGGAUGGCAAGAAGUAACUGGAAAUAAUAGUACCAGUCGUCCAGGAGGUGACUAUCAUUCUGGAGUAUUUGGGGCGCAAGGAGGUACUUUACCAGGAGAAAGAUCUUCCUUAGUCAACAGUGGGAGUGGAUCUGCUCGAGGAGACGAGGAUUGGAGUUGGAGCAGUCAGCAAGGAUCCAAAGUUUCUAGUCCGAGAAGUCCAAAUCAAAACUGGGAAAAUAAUAGUAGCAAUUGGGGUGGUGGCUAUCAAUCUGAAUCGUUAGGUUAUCAGUCGAAUUCGGGAAACAAUAGUUUAAAUAAUUUUAGUAUUUCUUCCACAACUACUGUUUCUGAGAAGAAGAACGUUCGUAAAGAGAAAACAUCGGAAAAGAAAUCCGGCUGGGAUGAUAAGUGGGGUGAUGAUGAUCUUUGGGAUAAUCUGAACAAGUAAAUGAAUUUGACAUUUAUAGGAAUUUUACUUCAACUUAUUUAGUUCAAUUAUGUAUAUUUUUAAAUAUUCUUAGCUGAUUACUUAUUAAAUAUACUGGUUUAUUGAGA